ACGGCACUGCUCAUCACAUAGUGGAGAGAGAAAGUGAAGAGAGAGAGAGAGAGAGAGAGAGAGAGAGAGAGAGAGCAAAACCCUAGAUAUCAUAAAGAACACCCACCCCCACCCCCCCACACCCCACCCCCCCCCCCCCCCCCGCGACCCUAGCUCUCCCUACGUUUCUCUCGGUACAGCUUCUCCCUGUAAUCCGCUCAUACUUUCCCUCUUCGAAUUAGGGGUUGGUGUUGUGAUGGGGAAAGGGUCGAAGAGUGGUGGAUGCAAGUCUGCGUCGCACCAGCUCUUCAAGGAUAAGGCGAAGAACCGCGUGGAUGACCUCCAAGGCAUGUUCACGAAUCUACAGUCGGCCAGGAAGGAGAGCCGUGGGAUUGAUGUAGCUGUGCUCGAAGAGCAAGUGCAUCAGAUGCUUCGAGAGUGGAAAUCUGAACUCAAUGAGCCCUCCCCUGCUUCUUCUUUGCAGGGUGGGAGUCUGGAAACUUUUUCAUCUGACAUUUAUAGGCUGCUGCAACUCUGUGAGGAAGAAGAUGAUGCUACUAGUGCAUUAGCUGCCCCAAAGCCUGAGCCUGAUUCCCAGAAAAUUGGGGGUGCCACCAGCUUCCAAGAGGGAUUUGCUGUGAAUCGGGGUCCCCCUGGGCAAAAUUUCCAGCCAAUUGAUCAAUACAGAGGCUCCUCUUCAGUAAUUCAGAACAUAGAAGUCAACAACUUGGGGCUUCCCACUCAGUUGGAUCACAUUGCAUAUAAUAUGCAUCAAGACGUUGAACAGAACUACUCUGGUUUUGAUACUACUGGUCUGUAUGGGGAGGAGGCUAUGCAACAGAUUUCUGACUAUUUGCCAAACAUUUGCCCUCCACCUUCUGCUUUCUUGGGGCCCAAAUGUGCACUUUGGGAUUGUCCGAGGCCUGCUCAAGGAUUGGAUUGGUGUCAAGACUACUGCAGUAGUUUUCAUGCAGCACUCGCAUUGAAUGAAGGGCCUCCUGGUAUGACUCCAGUUCUUCGACCUGGGGGCAUAGGCCUGAAGGAUGGCCUGCUUUUUGCCGCUCUUAGUGCCAAAACCCAGGGAAAAGAUGUUGGUAUUCCGGAAUGUGUGGGUGCUGCAACUGCGAAGUCACCAUGGAAUGCUCCUGAACUAUUCGAUCUUAUAGUCCUUGAAGGUGAAACGAUUAGGGAGUGGCUUUUUUUUGAUAAGCCUCGAAGAGCUUUUGAGAGUGGGAAUAGGAAGCAACGAUCGCUGCCGGAUUAUAACGGACGCGGAUGGCACGAGUCAAGGAAGCAACCGAUGAAUGAAUUUGGAGGGCUGAAGAGAUCUUAUUAUAUGGAUCCACAACCGAGGAAAGAUUUCGAAUGGCACCUUUAUGAGUAUGAGAUCAAUAAAUGUGAUGCUUCUGCCUUGUAUAGGUUGGAAUUCAAACAUGUUGAUGGGAAGAAGAGUGCAAAAGGUAAAACUACAAAUGAUUCAGUUGCUGAUUUACAGAAACAGUUGGGAAGGCUUACAGCUGAGUUUCCCUCGGACAGCAAGCGAUCUGUGAAUGGGAGGGCAAAGGCUACUUCGAAGGGUGGUGUUGAAAAUAUUUAUUCUGCUCCAAACCAAGUGACAAUAUCAAGUGAUGGAUUUAAGGACGGAACAGAAGAUUAUCUGGUUGAUGAUGUGAAUGGCUAUUACUUAACAUAGUUGGAGAAACUUGGAUUCACAAAGAAAAAGCAGCAUCUUAUCAGUCUAGUAAAUCAUUAACCAAAUUGUCUCAUUUUAGCACUUUGGCAAUGGUCGCCACAAUGUUUUUUCUCUCCAUAUGGUCCAGUCUUCAGUUUCUUAGCAAACCAACCUCGUUUUUCGCACUUGCGGAUCUUGUGGAUAAUUGACUAUUAUCUGGAGCUGCAGAGCUGGAGCAUUUUCUAAGUCCUAACUGCUGGAAGAUGGUUUAUGGAAAGAAGAUUUGACCGCCAUGUUAUCCUUUUAAUCGUUUGUGCUUUAGUGAACACUAUAAACCAUGUGUUGCCAGACAAUGGUAAUAUCUUCGAAGGCUCUUGGAUUAAGACUUCCUUCUAAUUAUCAAGGAGGGGCAUAGUCCAUGGUUAGACGGCAUCAGCAAUAUGUAACUUCUAAUAGUUAGGUAAGUUAUCUGGAGUUAUCAGUGAAUUGUGACAGUUGAUUAUUGGUGCAAUUUUUCUUGUUGCCGGGUAUAUAAGCUAUAUGGAGUUAUUGUCAGAAGGUGUUGAUGUUCAUUGCUGGAACUUUUCUCGUUUCCGGGUAUAUAAGUUUCUUGAGUUGCCUGGUUGGUUAUUA